GUUUUCCUUUUCAAGUUUCGUAAAUUGACAAUCUUACUAAAUCAAUAUUGUAAAACAAUAUAAAUAGAGAAUAAAUUGUUUUCUAUACAACUAAGUCUCGGUGCACGUUGAAUUUGGUGCUUUCUAAUUAUAAUAAAUAAUAGGCCUAUUUUUAAUAGGUAAUAGCACUUGUAUUUUAUAUAUAUAUACUCUAUAUAUAUAUAUAGAAAGAGAGACAGAAUAAAAAGAUGUAUGUAUGUAUUGUAUGUUAGGUUUAACGGUGUGCAUGUGAUAAGAAUUAUGGGAGAAGAGAAGUAGAAGAGUGCAGAUAAAAUUAUAUGUAUAUAUAUAAAUUAUGUUAAAAGGUGUUAUCAAAGCUGACCAAAAGCUCCAGACAAUAAGAUAUAUAGAAUAAAGCUUGUAGAACAGCUAUAAAUUACAAUCUAAAACGCUGAUAUAAGCGUUAUAUAUUGGACGAAGGGACGUAGACGAAAAACUAAGCCUAGUGAAUCAAUCAAUUUCCCACUCGAAAAUCACUGACACACUUUACUUAAUGACGAUAGAGAAACAGGUGAGAACAGAUAUAAUCAGUAAUUUUGCAUGUAUUUAUGAUAGAACUAAUGAAGGACGAAAUUUUCAUCACUCGUUUGUUAUUUAAUCUAGUUUAGUAACAUUUGCUGUAAGAUGAGUAUGAAAGACGCUCAAAAAAUGGAGACACCUCUGCGUAAACUUUGCAGAGAAACGGCUAGACUCUCCUACCUCUCACGGGACAUUGGAGGAAGCGGCGAUGGUGAAUAUCUAAGAGAUGAAUUAGCCAAAACAUGGGGAAGAAUAUGUGAAAUAGCACUCAACUCCAACUUUCUUAAAAGUUUUAAAAAUUCAGACGAAAACUCGACAAUUUCAAUUGGAACUGCAUGCCUAGAGUUCGUUAUUGGAGUUAUGCAAAAUUCUCUUGGAUUACAAACGGAUUAUCCACUGUUUUCAAAAAAUUCCAAAUUUAUUAAAACUGGAAUUCAUGAGAUUAAAAAUCAACUUUACAGUAUAAAACAAUCAAAUUCGGCAAAUAUACAAUAUCUGGACGAAAGUAAAGUUGAUAAAUUCACUGUUGAACAGGAAAGAUUUGAAUGUUUUAAAAAGUUAUUAGUAUUUUAUAAAUAAUCUCUUAUCUCUUUAAAUAUUAUUAUUAUUAUUAUUCGUCUCUCUUUAUCUCCUUCUCAUUCUUCUUUUUUUCCGCUCAUUUAUCAUCCUUUAUCCUCUAUUUUCUUAUAUUUCAUUUUUUUCUAAAUAUAUAUAGAAGAGUUCAAUCAACUUCAGCUCGUCUUACAGAAGUAAUAACAAAAUUGGAUACAACACCUUGGGCAGAAAGGGCUACAAGUUUCCAAGCAACUUCCAUGACUGAAUUAACAGCCGUUUCUGUUAGUAGAUUAUGAUGAAUAUUCAUAAGCUGUGGAUAGUUCUAAUCGCAGAAUAAGAAACAAACACUUAUUAAAAAUUAUCGUUCUAGGCGUUUUGACGUUAACUGGUAUAGCGGCUAUUGCUGGACUUUGCGCUGCCUUUUUAUUAUAAGUUUUCUAAUUUAAUAUUUCAUUGCUGGCAAUUGAAUAUUAAUAUUUUUUCAAUAAUAUCUCUAUUUUUAAUAAAAUUGCAAAUAUCUCUUCGAUAAGAAUAGGAGAAACGUCAAAUAUAAACGUUUCUUUUUGUCUCUUCUUUCUUCUACCAUAUAAGUCAUAAAUAUACUUUUAAAUAUCCCGC